GAGAGACAAGAAGAUUAUUAGUACAGGGACAGAGGAACGACGAAGUGCCGUUCACAAGUAUGAAGUGUGCCUGCAUGCCUGUAUAAAGUGUGUUAAAACUGCAGUAAAAGCCGCGCGCAGACACUCCCCUUGUUAACUAGUAAAUCUUGUUAAGGUCUCUGUAGGUGAGAACAGGUCUACAGUCUCGGGGGCAGUUUUGUCGGAGCAAGCCCGUUCUAGUUCAGGAAGAAGAGAAGAUAGACAAGUCAUGGACAAAGGAAAAGAAAUAAAAAGGAAGCUAGCGACUACAGCAGAGUAAGCUUUUAAAGAACGACCGAGAAACAAGAAGAAGAGUCGGGAGAAGGAAGGGGAACAGGAUGGGGAUGGAAUUCAGUACUCUUCGGACCCUCAUCAGCCGAUACUGUGUCGGUGAGGAGAACUGGGUCGACAGCCGGACAGUUUACAUUGGACAAAAGGAGCCUCCUCCAGGAACAGAGGCCUUUAUACAACAAAGAUUUCCUGACAACAGAAUAGUCUCCUCCAAGUACACAUUUUGGAACUUCAUACCCAAGAAUAUGUUUGAGCAGUUCAGAAGAGUUGCCAACUUCUACUUUCUCAUCAUAUUUCUGGUUCAGUUGAUCAUCGACACUCCCACGAGUCCAAUCACCAGUGGGCUGCCACUCUUUUUUGUCAUCACUGUAACGGCCAUUAAACAGGGUUAUGAGGACUGGUUGAGACACAAAGCAGACAAUGCUGUCAACCAGUGUCCUGUCCAGGUGGUGCAGCAAGGGAAAGUGGUCCGCAAGCAGAGCCGCAAACUCAGGGUAGGGGAUGUGGUCUAUGUGAAAGAAGACGAAACGUUUCCUUGUGAUCUCGUCCUUCUUUCAUCGUCUCGAGAUGAUGGGACGUGCUACGUUACCACAGCCAGCUUGGAUGGAGAGAGCAGCCACAAGACAUACUAUGCAGUUCAGGACACUAAAGCAUACAACACAGAGAAGGAGGUUGAUUCCAUCCAUGCUACAAUUGAAUGUGAACAACCACAGCCGGACCUUUACAAAUUCGUGGGUCGAAUCAACAUCUACAUGGACAAUGAGCCUGUAGCAAGACCAUUGGGAUCAGAGAACCUGCUGCUCCGAGGAGCCACACUCAAGAACACUGAAUACAUCUAUGCUGUCGCCAUCUACACUGGCAUGGAAACCAAGAUGGCUCUCAACUACCAAUCCAAGUCCCAGAAACGAUCUGCAGUGGAAAAGUCUAUGAAUGCCUACCUGGUGGUUUACUUGUGCAUCCUCAUCAGCAAAGCUAUCAUCAACACGGCGCUAAAAUAUGUGUGGCAGGCCGAUCCCAACAGAGACGAGCCCUGGUACAACGAGAGAACGGAGGUCGAGAGGCAGAGACACGUUCUGAUAAGGGCCUUCACAGACUUCUUGGCCUUCAUGGUUCUUUUCAACUAUAUCAUCCCUGUCUCCAUGUACGUCACCGUGGAGAUGCAGAAGUUUCUAGGUUCUUACUUUAUCAUGUGGGAUGAUGAGAUGUUUGAUGAGGAGCUGGGGGAGAGAGCUGUGGUCAACACAUCAGACCUCAAUGAAGAACUGGGACAGGUGGAAUAUGUAUUUACAGACAAGACUGGGACUUUGACAGAAAACAAUAUGGAGUUCAUAGAGUGCUGUGUGGAUGGGCAUGUGUACGUUCCUCACGUCAUCUGUAAUGGACAGGUAAUGCCUGGUGCGGCCGGCAUGGACAUGAUCGAUACAUCACCGGGGCCUGACGCCAGGGUGCACGAGGAACUGUUUUUCCGUGCACUGUGUCUGUGCCACACAGUGCAGGUGAAAGAGGAGGAGACAGUAGAUGGGAUCAAGCACGGCAUCCACCAGGGCAAGUCCACCUCCUUCUACAUCUCCUCAUCUCCAGAUGAGGUGGCACUGGUGGAGGGGAUGAAGAGGCUUGGUUUCACCUACCUAAGACACAAGGAUGGUCAGAUGGAAAUCUUAAAUAGGGAGGAUGAGGUAGAGAAAUUCGAGCUUCUAGAAGUUUUGACUUUUGACUCAGUCAGACGGAGGAUGAGCGUCAUUGUCAGGGCCAGCUCUGGCGAGGUGUAUCUGUUCUGUAAAGGCGCCGACUCCUCCAUCUUCCCCAGAGUUAUCUCAGGCAAGGUGGAGCAGGUCAAAGCUCGGGUGGAGCACAACGCAGUGGAGGGUCUAAGGACACUUUGUGUGGCUUAUCGGCCUCUGAGCUCCGAGCAGUACCAGCAGGUUUGCCAUCUGCUGAGUGGGGCCAAGUUGGCUCUACAGGACAGAGACAAACGGCUGGCUGAGGCUUACGACCUCAUUGAGACAGACCUCAUACUGUUGGGAGCCACUGCUGUGGAGGACAGGCUGCAGGACAAAGCAGCGGACACCAUUGAGUCCCUCCACAAAGCUGGCAUGAAAGUGUGGGUGCUGACUGGAGAUAAGAUGGAGACGGCGGCUGCAACCUGCUACGCCAGCAAGCUGUUUCGCCGCAACACCCAAAUCCUGGAGCUGACCACCAAGCGCACGGAGGAGCAGAGCCUUCACGACGUCCUGUUUGACCUGAGCAGGACAGUCCUCAGGCACUACGGAGCCAUGACCCGCGACACCUUCUCUAGUUUAUCCAGUGACUGUACUGACUAUGGCCUGAUAAUUGAUGGAGCCACCCUUUCUGCUGUGAUGAGGCCUGGCCAGGAGGACUCAAACUCAGGGAAUUACAAAGAGAUCUUCCUGGAAAUCUGUCGCAACUGCAGUGCAGUGCUCUGCUGUCGUAUGGCGCCACUUCAGAAAGCACAGAUUGUCAAGAUGAUCAAGGCCUCCAAAGAACACCCAAUCACGCUGGCUAUUGGAGAUGGUGCUAAUGAUGUUAGCAUGAUCUUAGAGGCCCAUGUUGGCAUUGGUAUUAUGGGUAAGGAGGGUCGUCAAGCUGUGAGAAACAGUGACUAUGCUGUCCCAAAGUUCAAACACCUAAAGAAGAUGCUGCUUGUUCAUGGACACUAUUACUACAUACGGAUUUCUGAGCUUGUGCAAUACUUCUUCUAUAAGAAUGUCUGUUUCAUCUUCCCUCAGUUUCUCUACCAGUUUUUCUGUGGCUUCUCGCAACAGCCACUCUACGACACUGCCUAUUUGACCCUCUACAACAUCAGCUUCACCUCGCUGCCGAUCCUACUCUACAGUCUCAUGGAGCAGCACAUUAAUAUGGACAUCCUGAAAAAGGACCCCUCUCUCUAUAAAGACAUUGCCAAAAACUCUUUGCUGCGAUGGCCCAUCUUCAUAUAUUGGACCGUCCUGGGUGUGUAUGAUGCUAUUGUGAUGUUCUUCGGUGCUUACUUCCUGUUUGACAACACUACCUUCACCAGCAAUGGACAGCUAAUGACAACCAACACACAGAUGAUGUUUGGAAACUGGACAUUUGGGACUCUCGUCUUCACCGUUCUAGUCUUCACCGUUACAUUCAAGUUGGUUCUAGAUACUCAUUACUGGACGUGGAUCAAUCAUUUUGUCAUCUGGGGCUCUCUGGUGUUCUUUGUGUUGUUCUCUUUGCUGUGGGGUGGAAUUAUCUGGCCUUUCCUCAACUACCAGAGGAUGUACUAUGUGUUCAUGCAGAUGCUGUCUAGCGGUCCAGCCUGGCUCAGUAUUAUCCUUCUAAUAACAGCCAGUUUGCUACCAGAUGUGGUGAAGAAGGUGAUCUGGAGAGCACUGUGGCCUACCACUACUGAACGGAUACAGAAUGCUGAUAAGCUCUACAAGGGCCAACUUUCGGAGUUUACCCCUUUGGCGUCUCUCCACGCCCCACCCAGGUCCGGCACCCACAGGCGAGGCUCUGAAAACCAAAGAAACGCCCAGAACCCUCGAAGGUCUGAAACCUAUAACAAGAAAGUCAUGUUGACGCGAUGGCAAAGAGCACCAGACUACUGCACUUUCACUCCCCUCUUCAGAUUUGCAGAUGGCUCCCGCCACUCGAAUGCUAACGGCGGGGCUGGGCCUGAGACCUCAGUUUAACUAGUUACAUUUUGGUUUUUGUGUACUCAUAAUCUGAUAUGAAAUCAAACAUCCACGUGGAGCUGAACUGAACAAAAGGAUUCAGGUAUAUUGGGUGCAAGUAAACUUACCCAGAUGUUACUGGGUGCUUUCCAUUGCUGGAGGCGGUAAUUCAUGCUGGGUGACUACAGUGUUCCUAACUUGCCAGUGAAGUGUGGCACAAAGCACUAUGGGAUAGAUCUGCAAAGGAAUCCAGCCAGAAAGCCUCAGUCGCCACCACAGCUUGAAAAGGGCUCAGUGUGUUGAUGUCACAACAAACUGUGAUUUCACAAUACAAUAUGUGCACUAGUCCUUUACAUUUUUCUGCCUUCAGUGGCAGCUAAAGUGUACUUCAGUUAUUAUUUUUUAUGUUUAUGGUAAUGAUCAUGAUGUGUUUAGACUGGAAUUGUGGAGAUGAUGAUGAUGAUGGUGAUGACUGUUCUCAGUCUCUCUGCCCAAAACAUUUUCUUGUCUUUAACUCCUUCCAUCUCUCUGUCUCUUCUCUCUGUCUGACCUGCUUCUUUAUAGGACUAACUGGUGUUGCCUGUGUGCAAACAUUUUAUCCAGAAACACUCCGUAGGACUCUGCGCUCAGAUCCUACAGCAUUGUAAGGAUGCUUGUAGUACAGGAGGAAAGCCUGAGUGUUGGAAAAGCCAGCUGGUCCUUUUUCCUGUUUGACAGUUACUGUUUAUAAUGUACUAAAAGAGAAAAAAGACCCAUUUGAGCUCUAUUCCAACACUUUAAAGCUUUCCUAGCACCUUUAGGUAGAGUAGAGUGUUUGGUGGGAUAGAUGUGUUUGAAAACUAGAGGGUCACAUUAGUGUUUGUGUUAUAUCUUCUUUAACUUCCAGUUUAUACGUAUCAUUGUUUAGUAAUUGUUCUUAAUAGGAAUGUUCCUAUUCUCUUCAUGUGGCCUUAUGAAAACCACAUUGUUAUACACUGAAAUAUUCACCAAAGAAAAAGACAACGUAACCUCCUAGACAACACCAGAGGCAUACUCUGAGUUAACUUAAUCAAUAUGGGGCUUGUAGGAAGAAAACAGUCAACAGACUGAAUACAGAAUGUAUUGAACGCCUUUAAGUUGGACAAAAUAAGAAGCCUGAUUGUGUUCCUUUUUAUCAAAGCACCUUAAAAUGAACAUCUGAUCUCAGUGCUUUUUGAGAUCUCAGCUUUUCUAAGUGCCCCAGACUGCGUAAUGCCUUAAUUUAAGAAAGCGUUCUGAGAUUAUCUUACUGAUUGAUUACAUAACAAGGACAAGCGUUGAUCUGUCACUUUCCAAAAAAAUAACCCUAUAAGACUAGGGUUUUGUUUUAUUCUGUUAUUAACAAAAAGAAAAAAACAUCUAUAAUUUAACUAUCCAAAAAUCAUCUUAAAUAUGAGAUGAAAAUGAAAUCUUUGUCAGUAUAUCUUGCCAGCCUGGGGACUUGACCCAAGCCCACCUCUGUAACCACUAGGCCACCACUCCCCAUAAUCAUCUUCACAACCAUCAUUUUUAUCAAAAUAAUCUGCCUAAAACAAGCAUAUUUAUAAGGAUUCAAACGUGCAGUUUGUUUAUUUAUGUAUUAGUGUUUUAUUCACUUCUGCUAACAAUCAUGAGGUCUAAAAUGUCAUACCUGCUUUAUAUGAAACCAAAUUAUUAACAGACACCUGACUAGCUCCAUCUGUGCUAGUCCUACAGCUAUUAAGGGAUGUAAGUAAACCAAAUUUAAAAAUUUGACUUUAUUAGUUAAAAAAAAAGAAUUAUAAUUGAUCUGUUUAAUUAAAAAAAUGGCAAAAAACUGGUGUUCUGUCUGUGUA